UCCACAACCAGCAGCACAAGCACAACAACAGCGACAACAGAGCGAAGAAGGAAGCAACCAUUGAACAGACCAACUUCACAGUCGCCAAACCAUGACAUCGUGUGGGUCUGGGACUGGCGUGUGUGUUGAUGCGCUGGUGGUGUCUGUGGCACCGCACACGAGGUCCCAGCUGCUGGUUCCAGCGCGUAUUCGGGCGAAAUUCGACGCAUGUGGCCUGGCGUCCGUUGUGGCCCGCGCUAAGGCGGUCGCGACGACUCAAGAUGCGUUUCCGCAGGAGCAGCAGGCGUCAGCGCGCAGCAGCGCAGAUGAUGGCGGCGUCAGAGACACGAGCGAAGCAGCGCCGCACAGCAGAGGGCAUGGCGGGGUGCCACCUCGUUCACUGCAACGACAGGAACAAUGCCGGCGCCCACGAGAACAGGUGGAGGAACAAGAAGGGCAACAACGGCGCGCAGAAGAACAGCAACUUCAAACAGCACAUCCAACCCAGCAGCCGGCACAGACAGCGGAGCAGGCAGUAAUGCAGCCAUCCCCGCCAUCCAUUCAACCCACACAGCAGCAGCAAACGCAGCCACAUUUGUUCACGCCUACGCCACAACCCGAGCCAAUGCUGCAACCACAGCAACCACCACCACCACCACCACAGCAGCAGCAGCAGCAGCAGCAACAGCAGCAGCAUGAAGCAGUACAACAGUCCUCGAACACAACCCAGGCGAGAGCGCCUUCGCUGCAACACGGGCGGGCUUCUCUGUUGUUUACGGCUGUGCCAACCUUGUAUCCGGCAGUACAGAGGAUCAACCGCUCUUCCCCCACUGAGGCGGCCCAAACAGCCCAGCAAGUGGAGCCCCGCCCAGGUGCUGUUGGCAGAGAUGGCCCGCCUGUGCAUGCAGGCAAGCGCCGCCAACCCUCAACGGCCUCAUUAGCUCCCAAGCGCGCGAACCUGCGCCGGCGUGAUGGCGUCGCCAGUCCUCGUGAAGACGAUUUGGAUGGUGACGAUGGUGGUGGUGAUGAGGAUCGCGAUGGUGAUGAUCCUCCUGCUGCUGCUGAUAAUGAUGAUCAAGAAGAAGAAGAAGAAGAUGAUGAUGAUGAUGGUAGUGGUGAUGGUGAUGAUCGUGACAACAGCGACGGUGUUGGCGAGGGACACGGCGAAGAAAGUGCUGCGGAGCAGCGUGGUGCGGGCCAAGUGGCGACAACAGGUGCUCAUGCACACGCAGGAUCUGCUUCCAGCACGCGCCAUGCCACCAAGCGGCCGGUUGUUGCCAAGCUGGAUGACUCACUUCUUCGGUGUGAAGGCGUUCCAGUUGGCUUUGAGGAUGAGUUGUUUGUGUACAACUUGCCAGACACGAUUGAUUUGCACGUUGUUCAGCAUGCCCUGGCUCAUCCUCCCAAUCGAAUUCGCCAGCCCACCAGCGUCGGUCGCAUCGAGCGCUUCGUGUCGCCAUCGCCAUCAUCAUCAUCGUCACCAUCAUCGUCAUCAGCGUAUGCGCUGAGGCCGUCAGAGCUGCUCAUCACGUUUGCCAUCUUCCACCCAAAGCGCAACUACUUGCAACAAUUGCUUGUAUUCACUGGCAAUCAAACCCUCGCCGACCUCAGCAAUGCCAUUGACUGCUGGACCUCUCGCGUUCCGGACACCCCAGCCAUUACGCAGCACGCUUUUUUCUAUAUCGAAGGCACCUUCUUCAACGCGAGCGCUGGCGCCAGCGAUCACAUGCGUGAGUGGGCAAGGGCGAAGGUUUCGCGCCAAAUCACCGCUGUCAGCGACUUUUCACACGUUCUGUUGCAGGACAUCAGACUUCGGCUGUUUGCGUCGUAUGCAUAUGUGCACUGCGUGUCGUGUGAACAUCGCAUUGUCGUGUCGCAGAUUCGCAUGCGCAGCGAUGCAGAUCCGAACGACAUACGCUGCUAUCCAUUGACAAAGUUUCAACGACGCGCGCGGAUUCGCAAAUGUGCCAUAUGCCACAUCUUUCCUGCGACGCGUGUGCUUGAGGACGAUCCAAUGGCACCAGACUCGCCCUGCCUCUUCUGCGAGCAGUGCUUCGCCUCUGCCCACCAGGGCGAUAACCAACUUGCUGCUCGUCGUGUUGCGUUGCCAUACUGGCACGACCCAUAGUACCAAGCGUCAACACCAGCGACAACAGCAGCAACAACUCAGCUGACAUUAAACCCCUUAUGUUAUUUGCCUCUCUCUUGCACCGGCUUCACAAGAGGGUGCGCCUCAAUCUUAUGUAGUCGACAUUGUAAUGCAAUUUAAUUGUAACACACCAUCGUCGCUGUCGCGAUACCCAACUACUCGCACUUUUUCUUCUGCUUUGGGAUGCUUGCGCGACUGCCCGAGCUUAAAGCUAUUGCCUACAAGUUUUAUUGCGACGAGCGAAACGAGCGUCUCAGCCAACAUUC